AUGGUGGGGCCCACGACACGAUCUUUCUAUGACAUGACAAAGACAGGAGUCACGGAACCGUAUGGCGAAAGCCACACCUUUGCGAAUAAUGCAAUGUCUUCUCCCAUCAUUCUCUCAAUGUUCUCAUCGGAUCCCCAUCGUAAAAGGCAUAGCAAGGUGAUACACCAAUUUAAAGAGGGUUUCAGUCUAGACUAG